AUGGAUUUAUCCAGACGCGGAAGUUUGAGUGCCACUGGUCUGUCUGUCGAUGUAGAAGAAAUUGCGGUGGCCGGGAAAAGAAAUGCUAUCCACAAAAACUGGCGAAGGUCAAACCAGGAAAGGCGAAACUGUUUGUGUGUAACGUUCCGCUUCCUCCGGGAAUGCUACUUAAAGGGUCAGCGAGAUGCCAUUCGCCAUCCUGUUCGUGUCCCGGCAACUUCCAGGUACUUUCUUUCUGUUUCCAACUUAUAACUUUUUGUUUCUUUUAACUAUAUUGAGUAAAAAAAUUUCAAUGUAUUUGGGAGACUCCUGGAAAUAAAUUUAUCUGGAUUACUGAAUGGUUAACUUACAACAACCCACAGGAGAGGUCUACUAAAAAAUAUUGAAAAUUUUUAAAACUUCGCUCUAAAACUGUUUCAAUUUUUUUGACUUCCUUUUUCUCAAAUCUUCCUUUUUUGUUGGAUAGUGGCUAAAUGCAACAUUUGAAACCGAGAAGUAGGAUUUAGGCUCGUAAAUUGUAUCUUUGAAAGGGAAGUUUCACCACACGCAUUGUUCUGCUGAUGUACAAAUCACAAGAAAAAAGUUAUAAAACUGAGACAGGUGCAAUGAAGUUAAAAAUUAUCCUGAAAGAAGAAGAUUUUUGUUUACCUCCAUAGAACCUCUGAAAAUACUGACUUGUUCUGAAAAUAUGAACUCCGCAUUCAUUUUCAAAAAUAAAAAUCAACUUUCAGGAUGUCGGAGAAAAAAAUGGAAACAGAAAAGGUGAAGCGUUUCGCCUUCAUUGGCAUCGCCGUGUCCACCGUUUCCACUCUGACAGCCAUCAUUGCCGUGCCGAUGCUCUGCCUCUAUCUGCAAUCCGUCCAGUCUUCCCUUCAAGACGAAGUCAACUUCUGUCGGGUUCGCGCCACUUCUCUUCAAGGAGAGCUCACCAAGCUCAACUUGGUUCGAGCUCCAAGAAAGGCUAGAGCUGCCGAAGGAACCUGCUGCUCUUGCGGAGUUGGAGCCAGCGGACCACCUGGACGACCAGGAAAGAAUGGACAGCCAGGACAUGAUGGUGACAACGGAGCGCCAGGAAACCCAGGAGCUGAUGCCGACAGUGAGAACCCAUCUCCAGAUGCGUCUCAGUUCUGCUUUGACUGUCCAACUGCCCCAUCUGGACCACCAGGAGGCGCUGGACCUAAAGGACCAAACGGAAAUCCUGGACAGCCAGGCCGCGACGGUCAAGCCGGAAGACCUGGACAGCGCGGUCGCCCAGGUAGCAAAGGAGCUGAUGGACAGCCAGGAACCAGCGGACCACGUGGACCUCCAGGACCAGCCGGUUCUGCCCGCUCUCUGCCAUCUCCAGCUGGAACCCCAGGAGCUCCAGGACAACCUGGACCACAGGGACCUCCAGGAGCCGAUGGUCAUCCCGGCCGUGAUGGACGUCCAGGAAACCCAGGAUCUCAAGGACAGAACGGACCAGACGGAGCUCCAGGAAAGCCAGGACGCGACGGACAACCUGGUGCUGCAGGAAAAGACGGCGGCCACGGAGGCUGCGACCACUGCCCACCUCCUCGCACUGCUCCAGGCUAUUAAGCCAAUCUCUUCGUCUUACAGCCCAACUGCCCUAUCUUUCAGGACUUUUCUAUUGCUCAUUUAUAUUGCCAAUAGGUUUUGUCGCAGUAAAACUUUUCUCGAAACAAUGUUUUAUUGACAUGAAAUAUGAAAACGAAAAGUUCACAAAGUGAAGAUGUUGGAAUUGUUCAUUGA